AUGGUGAUGGGGUUGAAGAAGGGAUUGAUCGGCGGAAUGAGCUUCGCCAUAGACGCCGGAAAAAUCAAUUGGUUUCCCGGUCAUAUGGCCUCCGCAACUCGCGCUAUCCGCAACCGCCUCAAGCUCACCGAUCUCGUUAUCGAAGUUCGCGAUGCUCGUAUUCCUCUAUCAUCGGCGAAUGAGGACCUACAGUCUCAAUUAUCAGCGAAGAGGCGUAUUAUAGCUUUAAAUAAGAAAGAUUUAGCAAACCCUAAUAUUCUCAAUAAAUGGACCCAUCAUUUUGAGUCCAAGAAGCAAGAUUGUAUUGCCAUUAAUGCUCAUAGCAGAAGCUCUGUCAAGAAGCUGCUUGAUCUCGUUGAGUUGAAGCUCAAGGAAGUGAUUGCUAGAGAGCCUACUUUACUUGUAAUGGUGGUUGGUGUCCCCAAUGUUGGAAAAUCUGCAGUGAUUAAUUCGAUCUAUCAAAUCGCAGCGACUCGGUUUCCUGUGCAGGAUAAAUUAAAGAGAGCUACAGUUGGUCCAUUGCCUGGUGUAACACAAGAUAUUGCUGGUUUCAAGAUUGCUCAUCGACCUAGCAUAUAUGUUCUAGACUCCCCUGGUGUGUUGGUCCCAAGUAUCCCUGAUAUCGAAACGGGUCUGAAGCUUGCACUUACAGGAUCCGUCAAAGAUUCAGUAGUGGGUGAAGAGCGGCUUGCACAAUACUGUCUAGCCAUUUUAAACACUCGUGGGACACCACUACAUUGGAAGUACUUAUUCGAGGGAAGAAACGAAGGGUCUCAUCCAGAUUGCAUCGAUAAACCAAGCUACAACUUAAAGGAUCUUCGACAUCAAAGAAACAAACAACCAGAUUCAUCUGCUGUGCGCUAUGUUGGGGAUAUGAUUUCAGAAGUCAAACGAUCACUGUACACAACGCUCUCAGAAUUCGAUGGGGAUAUAGAGGAUGAGAAUGAUUUGGAAUGUUUGAUAGAGCAACAGUUUGAGGGUCUAAAAAAGGCAUUGAAGAUUCCUCACAAAGCAUCCGAAGCACGGUUAAUGGUUUCCAAGAAAUUUCUUACUUUGUUUAGGACAGGUAGACUUGGUCCCUUCAUUCUUGAUGAUGUCCCUGAAACUGAAACUGAAACUGAACCGUCCAAUUCGAGACGGGUAGUAGCUUUGUAA